AUGAUGGCAGCACAGCUACAGCGGGCCGGCGGGGCUGCGUCUUCUGGUGCUUCUGGGGUGGCAUCCGGCUUGGCCGGGGCUGCUGCCACAGCUGCUGCAGCAACCGACAUGCCGAUGCCUGCGACGUCAGAAGAGCCGCCUCUGUGCAGCCGUGUCAGUGAGAGCAGCAGCCCCUAUGUGCGCGCACAAGCGAACACGCCAGUGAACUGGCAGCUUCUCGACCAAGAGGCCAUAGACCGUGCAAAGAGAGAGAACAAGCUGAUCUUCCUCAACAUCGGCUUCCUUGCCUGUCAUUACUGCCACACGACGACGCAAGACUCCUUCUCGAGCCCUGCCGUUGCAGAGAUUCUCAACACGUCGUUCAUCCCUAUUGUCGUCGACCGAGAAGAGCGGCCCGACAUCGAUGCCAUCUACUGGAACUAUCUGCAGCUAGUUAACAGCAGCGCUGGAUGGCCCAUCAACGUCUUCCUUACCCCCGAACUGGAGCCGGUAUUUGGUGGGACUUACUGGCCUGGACCGGGGUCCGAGGGCAGCGUCCGGGAUGGGCAAGAAGACGGCGGCGAGGACGAGAUGAUCGGCUUUCUCGGUAUCUUGAAGAAGCUCCGCCAGUCGUGGACAGACCGCGAGGCGCAGUGUAGAGAAGAGGCCAGAGAGACUGUGGUACAGUUGCGGAAAUUUGCAGCGGAGGGAACACUCGGACCCAGAGGACUGCUCAGGCCGACCGUUGCCGAAGGAGCACCAUACCUCUCACGCGACCUAGACCUCGACAUUGACCAGCUCGACGAUGCGUAUACCCAGCUGAAGAAGACUUUCGACCCCGUGAACGGUGGUUUUGGUGUCGUCCCCAAGUUUGUCACGCCAGCAAAGUACAGUUUCCUUCUGAAGCUCGGCAGCUUUCCCAACGUCGUGCAAGGAAUCAUUGGCGAUGCCGAGGCCAAAAACGCCGUGCAGAUGGCCCUUUUCACCCUUCGAAAGCUCCAGGACAGUGGCUUGCAUGACCAUCUCCGCGGCGGCUUCUCGCGUGCCAGCCAUACAAUUAACUGGACAUUGCCACACUUUGAGAAGCUCGUCCCUGAUAAUGCGCUGCUCUUGAGUCUCUACCUGGACGCCUGGCUGUAUGGACUGCGCACUUCUGGAACGGGGGCAAAGGGUACCGAUGCUGAGUUUGCAGAUGUAGUGUACGCCCUUGCCGACUACCUCUCGAGCUCGCCGAUCCGGCUGGAAGGCGGCGGCUUUGCAAGCAGCGAGGCUGCCGAUUCAUACUACCGGAGAGGCGACAAUCACACGCGCGAGGGAGCCUACUACGUGUGGACGAGGCGGGAGUUCGAUGCCGUCGUGGGCGGACAGAGGAGCGAGAACGACCUCGACACGCGCGCGGCAGCAGCAUAUUGGAAUGUGCUAGAGCACGGGAACGUCGACCGAGAAGACGACCCCAACGACGAGUUUAUCAACCAAAACGUGCUUUACGUGAACAAAGACGCGUCAGAGGUGGCGAGACAGUUUGGCAUCUCACGCAGCGACGUGUUGCGGGUUGUCAAGACAUCCAAGAAGAAGCUUGCAGCACAUCGGGAAAAGGAGAGGGUGCGACCGGCUGCAGAUAGAAAGGUGACUGUGGCCAACAACGGCGUCGUGAUCGCGGCACUUGCACGAGUCGGAGCUGUGCUCGUGCACGGCGGCUUUGACCCGGCGAAUGGCGAAAAGUACAUCAGUGCAGCACGGUCAGCGGCCAGAUUUAUCAAAGCAAACCUAUGGGACGUUCAGGACAAAUGCCUCUUCAGAACGUACAGCUACGGGCAGAAGGGAACGAACUGCGGAUUUGCCGAGGACUAUGCUGUAUUGAUCGAGGGUCUGCUGGAACUCUACGAAGCGACGGGCGAGCUAGAGUGGCUGCAAUGGGCAGAUCAGCUGCAACAGAGGCAGAUUGAGCAGUUCUACGAUGGCGUGGAUAUGCCACCCACCAGCAGCCACUCGGCCAGCGGAGGCUUCUACCGCACCAGCGAGCACGAGCCGUUCAACAUUCUGCGCAUUAAGGACGGCAUGGAUACCACGCUUCCUGCGACGAACGGCGUGGCUGCAUCCAACCUUUUCCGGCUCGGCAGCCUGCUCGGAGACGAGGAGUACUCACAUCUGGCCCGCGAAACGAUCCACUCGUUCGAGGUCGAAAUGCUGCAGCACUCGUGGCUCUUCCCGACGCUGCUCUCCCAGAUCGUGUCUGCUCGACUGGGCGGACUCCAGUUUGCUUCUGUGGCAGCUGCACCGUCAGCAGCGGAUCCAGUAGUAGCAGAGUACUUCCGGCGGCCUCGUGCGGGACUGUGCAGCUUGCUUUACGUCGCCCCUGUGGAAGCAAACGGCACGGACGACGCGAUGUCUUGGCUGCGGGCCCGAAACCCUGCUCUGGCUGCUUUGCCGACACAUUUGGGUGGAGGAAGUUAUGUAUUGCAGAAUGGCACUUGGCGAAAGGCAACACUGAUCGAUCUGACGCAAACAGACGAGGCCAACGAAUCAACAUAG